AUGGUCAUUCAAGAAGUUGGUGUCAUGGGGGUCAAGCCCGGCAUCGACAUUAUGGAUCCGUCCACUCCCGAGGGCAACAUCUUACAUCAGGCUUGGUCAACCGUCCUUAUCAAGCCUGCAGGGCCAUCUCGGGUUUAUUAUGGCUUGGAAGAGGACAACCCAUUAAGAAUUUGGGGUUUCUUUGACUGGGACACUGUUGAACAACAUGAAAAGUUCGCCAUAGAGUAUGGAGCAGAUGCAGUCAAGGAUAUUCCAAAAAUCUGUACUCAUGGAGAAUUCACGAAGCAUGUUAUCAUGGAUCCAUCGUCUGAUGUAUUUCAGUUUCCUGUGACGGAUGUUUUAGUAGCUUACUUCCCCACGAACUUUCCCCAGGCCGAAAAAGACAAGGCAGCUGUACAACUCCAGGAUAUUAUGGCCAAGACUUUUGGUUCGUGCUCUGGCGUUGCAAAACUGGCCCAUGGUUGGGGCGUUGAGAACGACUUUCCAGUGAAGAGAGAGCAAGUUCUUGACGGGCAACUGGGAGCGGCACUUAUGGGAUUCGUUGGCUGGAGUGUUGAUGUGAUGCAGAUAAAUGACAUGGAAGGACUGGUUAGUCUGGAAAUUGUCAGUCUUCGAUGCAAGUCUCUAGAAAGGCAAGCAUAA